ACCACACAACAGUCUACGCUCUAUCGUCGCAACGGUCGGUCGUGUUGUGCACGGUUUCGGUCGAUCGGUCGGAAAGUAAGGCGCCCGGUACGCGUCGUGUUAAAAAUCGAUUUUGCAUUACUUGUGAUUUUUUGGAAGCCGCGAAAAAAAAAGUGAUCCCGUGCAUGCUGUCAAAGUGACGCAAACGCAUCAACAUUAGAAGCAAUAGAUUAGCGUGGCCAGGUGUGUGGUGUGGUCGCACACACCAAAUGGUUGGAUGUUUGGUGCAGAAGUCGCGGGUGAGGCUUCGGUGAAGUGUGUUAAGCUAGAGAAGCUCUGGUGGUGAAAAAAUUGGUGAAGAAGACGCCAAGAUUUACUUGGAUGAGAUUUAUUUUUAAGAAGAGAACCUCCUUUGGUGGAGAAGUUAAGCGUGUCAGUGAUCACAUGUAAACCUCACACAGGUCGAAGUUAAACAUAUAAGCAACGGUGCAAGCUUUGUCCUCUAAUCAGAUUUUUGUGCCGAGUGUGUGUGAAGCUAAACAAAUUCCAGUUCAACGGCACAGUGUACUUCCUUUCGUAAUAAGAGCAAUACAUCAGAGGCUUUGCCAACUUUGAAUGCCGAGUUUUGCAAACAUCGCAAACCCAGAAGCACAUCCCCAUAAAACAACCAGAAACUUGCUCGUGACGAUAAAUAGAUUGCUUUCAUCAGAUGUGGAUUGGGAACUGGCUGAUCAACACAUCAACGGCCGAUUUUAAGUGACCAGCGAGAGAGGUGAAUCGUUUUAGUGGCCGUUCAGUGUUCAUCUAUUGUUACUAAACAUCAAAUCGGGGAAAGUUUAUCAAUGUGUAAGAAGUGAAUGAUUUGCGUUAAAUCUAAGCAUCUCGGAGUGAAUGUUUGCUAAUGUCCUACACGUGGUUAAAGUGAUCCGCUAGUAUGUGCUAAUGUUUGUGUGGAAACGUUCCAACCAACCGAUGCUUGUGCUAGUCCACGGUAGUGAAAUAUGGCAGUAAAUUAUAAAUUAUCCAUAAAUAGUGGUAUAAUGAAGCAAUAAUAAAGCGACGCUGUUAGCGGUUACACCACCGCACCGUGGCAGUCCGUGGCAGACGGAAUUCGUACCAGUGCUCAGUGAGUGUGCAAGAUUGUUGGAAAAGAUCGAACGUGCGGUAAACCGUGUUCGUUCGGGAAGGCUUUCUUACUUUCGGCAACGGCCCCAACGCUCGCUGCAACGUUCUGUGCUGGCAAGAAUAGAAAAGCUAAGGUGAAAGAGAGAGAGAGCGAGCUGGUUGCUGCUGCUGGUGGUGGUAAAUUGGAAAAUAUUGCUUCGUGUUAGGAGGACUCCUCCUCAUCUCUCUGAGCUGCCACCGAACUAGUGGCCGAAGAUCUGGAGGAAAUCUGGGCAGCGAGUAAGGUAUAUCUUUCCGGUUGGAUUAAUUUUCUUCGUGCAUCGGGUGGCGCGAUGAGUGCCGGUGCCCCGUGCCGGACGUGGUUCGGCCCAGCAGCAGCAGCAUCAAAGACACCUCGGACCACCUUCGUCAGCAGGAUGGUUUCAGUGUGGUUGGUGACGCUCCUGCUAGCACUCGUGUCGGCUACGAUAGAAGACAUUAAAAAUGAUCGCAGAUUCAUUUCAUUCAACGACCUUCUCGUGAGUGCGAAUCGGUUUACGGACGCAAACGUGACUUCCUAUUCCCGCAUGCUGAUCGAUGUUUCCGGGGAUCAACUUAUCGUCGGUGCAAGAGACAAUCUGUUCCGGUUUUCGCUGCGUCUGGAUGAGAUCGAGCGAGCGCCCUGGGAGGUACCGGCCAGUAUGCGUGCCCUCUGCCUGCAGAAAGGCCAAUCGGAACAUGCCUGCCAUAACUACGUGAUGGUGCUGCAGAGUUACGGCAGUCAGCUUUAUGCCUGUGGUACUCACGCCUUCAAUCCACGCUGUACCGUCCGCCACAUGGAGGACCUUUCCGUGACGCGAAACGAUGACGGUGUGGCCAAAUGUCCGUUCAAUCCGAACGCUAACAUGACGGCGCUCAUGUCCGAAUCGGGCGAACUGUUUGUCGGUUCGGCGACUGACUUUUCCGGUCUCGAUUCCGCGAUCAUGCGAUCGGACAUUACGGAGAACAAUUCGCGCAUACUGCGUACGGUGCAGUACAAUUCGCUCUGGCUGAAUGAACCACAGUUUGCCGGUAGUUUCGAGCACGGUGGGUUCAUUUACUUCGUGCUGCGUGAGGCAGCGGUUGAGUAUAUGAACUGUGGGAAGAUCAUCUACUCGCGGAUAGCACGCGUUUGCAAGAACGAUCCCGGCGGUACGUUGGGCAUCCUGAAGGACAACUGGACGUCGUUUGUAAAGGCACGGCUGAACUGCUCACUGCCCGGGAACUAUCCGUUCUACUACAACGAGGUGCAGGGUAUGGUGUACUCGCAGGACGAAGGUGUCCUGUAUGCGACCUUCACCACACCAGAGAACAGCAUUCACGGAUCAGCCAUCUGCGCGUACAACCUGUCCGCCAUUCAAACCGCAUUUGACGGUGCGUUCAAGCAUCAGGAAUCGAAGGGAGCAGCUUGGCGCGGUCAGGAUGUUGGCAAUCGCGAUCACUACGAGUGUCGUGGAGUUAGCGCUACCGGGCGCCACAUGUCACUGAUCGAAUCGUCCAAGUACCAGCUGAUGGACCAAGCCAUUCAACCGAUCACGGGACGUCCCCUGUACCACACCGCACUGGAACGCUUGAGCCACAUUGCGAUCGAUAUCAUUCCGACCAAACUGCACGAGCGUGUACACAUCAUCUACGUCGCGACCGACGCUGGAACGAUCAAGAAGAUCUCGGUGCUGCCCCGGACCAAAGACACGUGCGUGAUUGAAAUCUGGCAACCGGAAGAACGACCCGAAACACCGAUCAAGGUGAUGCAGUACGUGAAGGACACGGAAUCGCUGUACGUCGGAACGGAGCGUGCCCUGAUGCGCAUUCCGGCGAAUCACUGCGGAAGACAUUUGUCCCGCACGAGCUGCCUGAACUCGAUGGAUCCUUACUGUGGGUGGAACGAACUGCAGGAAGCGUGCACGAUCGCACCGAACGGAGACACACUGGCAAGGUACUGGGUACAGAAUGCGACCGAAUGUCCCGUGCUGACGGCUCCGGUGGAUGGUGGUUGGUCGGCAUGGUCCGGUUGGUUCCGGUGUGCACAGUCACCCGGUCAGGCUGGAUCGAUCGCUGGUGCGGCCGGUGAAGACUUUGGCCCUAAUGCGGACAGUUGCCUGUGUAGAACGCGCACGUGCAAUAAUCCACCACCGAAUAACGGAGGCCGUGAGUGUACCGGGAUGCAUAUCGCCGUCACCAACUGUACCGUGCACGGUGGAUGGACGGAAUGGUCCGCUUGGUCGGCCUGCUCGCAAACUUGUGGGAUGGCGGUCAAGACCCGGCGUCGUACCUGUGGCAAUCCAAAGCCCGCCCACGGAGGACGUGUUUGUGUGGGACCGGAUCGGGCCGAGAUUUACUGCUCACAUCUACCACCUUGCCCAGCACCGAAGCAACCGCCCGUCGAUGGUGGCUGGGGUCCGUACGGAGACUUUGGCGAGUGUAGUGCGGUGUGCGGUGGAGGGUUCCGGAUACGUCGGCGCAAGUGUGACAAUCCGGUACCGCAGAACGGUGGGAUGGAUUGUUCGGGAUGUCACUUUGACUAUGAGGUGUGCAAUACGCAACCGUGUCCGGAUGUGCGAAAGGCGGGCACCUGGACUCCCUGGUUGACUGUGUCGAACGGAACGAUUCCGAGCGGUGGAUACGUGGAGAAGCGGUAUCGGUUCACGUGCAAAGCGCCUAUUGCGGACUCGGCUUUACUGAAGAUUACACCGAAGGAAGAGGUGCGUGUGUGUCAGGCGGAUGGGUCCUGCCAACGGUCGAUCGAUCCGAAUGCACUGGCGACGGGUUUCGGUGGCGGUGAGGAUGGUGAGGAUGGUUGGAGCGAAUGGAGCUCGUGGAGUCCGUGCAGUGCAUCCUGCGGCGGUGGAUAUCAGCAUCGUACACGGACCUGCGAAAAGCUGGACUGUGUUGGGUUCAACAAGACGCGACGGGCGUGCAACACGCAACCAUGUAGAGGUGAAUGGGGCUGUUGGACCGAUUGGUCACCGUGCUCUGUAAGUUGUGGCACCGGGACACGCUCUCGAUCGCGCCUAUGCCUUUCGAUGUCCGGUAGCGUAACGCCAGAAAACGAUUGCGAAGGUAAAAGCGUUCAGUACGAGAGCUGUGACAUGCCGAGUUGUGACUCAUUCCUUGGAUGGGGCGAAUGGAGCGAAUGGUCACCGUGUAACGCGGACAACGAGAAGAUCCGGACCCGCACCUGUCUGCAGCCACACGCCGUCUCGUCCACCGGUGAGCUCACGUGCCAGGGCAGUGAUCGUGAACUGCGCAAGUGCAACAUCGAACAAUCCAAUGAUGUUCCACUGCCACCGGCGGCCGUGUACGUGUCCUCGAUCUCGGCCAUUCUGAUUGCGGUGCUGGUCACGAUGCUGGUGUGCUGCUGCGUCACCAUACCCGUCACCAUCGUCUACAUGAACCGGAAGAAGAAAGGUCUGAAAGCGAUCCAGGGUUCGCCGUGCUACGGUUCCUACCCCAACCAAUACUCGUCGCUACCGACCAAGGAUGUUAGUAUGGAUUUAAUGUACACUGAUGGUGGUCACAAACCGAAGCGCCAAUCAUCGUUCAAAGGUUCCCGGAACGAUGCGAGUGGUUCGAAGCUUUCCAACGGUACCGGUACGCUGGUUAAAUCGAUCAACGUUAAUGGUGGCCCGCUAGGGAACAACACACCGAAGAUACUGUCCAAAUCGUUCAACGAAACCGAUACCGCCACGAUCAAGCGCAAUUCGCACGGUCCCAACAACAUCCGGCAUGCGCGGCAGUUGGAGAUGGACGAGGACAAGUACUGACCGGUUUAGCUGAUGGAUUUUAACUUGAUGACAAUUUUAACCCAAGGAUGUCGUUAGGACAGGGGCGACGAUAGGACACUAGCGUUUAAUGGAAAGUAUUCGGAGUGUAGCGUAGAGGGGACGGAAACGUGGUAUAGGAGUAAGAUUGAAGGUUGAUUGCAAUGCCGAUGUGUGCCAUUAGUGUAAUUGUGUUGUGUGUAUGUAACAACCCGAUUUGCUGUAAGCUAACGCAUAGAGUGGGACAGAAAGAAUUGAAUAAUUAAGCCCCCUUGUUUUAACUGCAAUUGUAAAGAACAAUCAGACUUAGCAGAGCGUAGUGAUCGAAGUAGUGUUAAGGCCCUUUUGCUAAGUAAUCUUCUCGGUGCGUGUGUGAUCAUAUGAUUGUACACGCUACAAAGGUAGCUCAUAUUGAGCAGCUAGUAUAGGGAAACGGCGUACAGCAUUUACUAGACGGUCGACGUAUCGAUGUCCUUUGGGGCCAAGUAGGGGCCAAGAAAAGUGUCCAAAAGACAUAUGCGCAAAGGGCAUAAACAAUAACGACGAGACGGCAAACUUUUCAGCAGAGUCACGGAAGGGCCAAAAUGAAACAAUCUUAAAAGACUUAACAGCAACAGAUGUAAAAGACAGUUGUGGUAGGCAGUGUUGUAGCUUUAGGGCGUAAGUUUUAGGUGUAUCGACUUUUCGGUUAAGUCUUUCUUUUUGUUGUUGAAGCUUCCACUAACGAUGUGUUCGAUUUCGACGUUGACUUACGUGUAGUGAUAGGGAGGAAACUAAAGGCGUGUAGCAUUGUUAGCAGCAGCAAAUCAGCAAACAGUUCGAAAUAAAAUCGUAAAAUGACAAGAUGAAAGAACGUUC